CGCAAAACGCACUCCCAACAUUUAGAGGGGCGAUAGCGAAAGUUCUACCAAAUAAACAACUAUAAAAAGUCAGGGCACCGUUGGCAAAGCAUCCAGUCAGAUUCCCGACUCCAACCACCGUUCAAGAGGCAUUAUGAAGACGAUCUGUCUAGUUUUUCUGCUGGUAGCGGCAGCUGCUGCCAGCGAGAAGAAGUCUACAGAACAAAAGGCUGAAGGUCUCGAAAAGAAGUUGGACAAACGUGGUCUUUUAAACCUGGGUUAUGGCUAUGGUAUCAGUGGACUUGAUAUUGGCUACCUCGGCAGCGGGCACGGUCAUGGCGGUGCUUACAACUACGUUGAAGACGGUGCUCUAGCAAGCUCUGGAUAUGGCAUCAAUCUGGGAGGUCACACCGACGUCACCAGAACCAUCACUUUAGUUAAAGGAGUGCCGGUUGCAGUACCAGUCGAUAGGCCCGUUCCUUACCCAGUGGAGAAACACGUACCUUACCCAGUUAAGGUACCAGUGCCCCAGCCCUACGAAGUUGUAAAACAUGUGCCAGUACACGUAAAGGAAUACGUUAAGGUCCCCGUUCACGUACCUGCACCAUACCCAGUAGAGAAGAAGGUACCUUAUCCCGUUCACGUUCCAGUUGACAGGCCCUACCCCGUCAAGGUUUUGGUACCUCAACCUUACCCCGUAGAAAAGCACGUUCCAUACCCAGUUAAGGUACCCGUACCCCAGCCCUACCCAGUUGAGAAACACGUACCAUACCCAGUCGAAGUUAAAGUACCAGUUCCCCAGCCCUACCCAGUAGUUAAACAUGUAGGCGUACCCGUUAGAGUGCCAGUGGACAGGCCUUACCCCGUACAUGUACCAGCACCCUACCCCGUUGAAAAACCAGUGCCCUACCCCGUACAUGUCGAGAAGCCUGUAGCUUACCCCGUACACGUACCAGUAGACAGACCGUACCCCGUCCAUGUAGAGAAGCCCGUGGCAGUUCCCGUCAAGGUUCCAGUGCCAGAGCCUUAUCCAGUAUACAAGCACAUCCCAGUCGAGGUUGAAAGGCCAGUAGCUGUUCCCGUGAAGGUGCCAGUCGACAGACCCUACCCCGUACACGUCGAGAGGCCCGUCCCCGUCCCAGUGGAGAAGCCAUACCCCGUGCCCGUCAAAGUCCCAGUCCUUAUCAACGAGCACGACCACAGUCACUACAGCCUCGGAGGCUCCUACUACGAGCAUUAGAUUAAGUUAGUUAAAAUAUAUCAUCUGUCACUGUCACCAGCUAUUUAUAUCUCGCCAACGGCCGGGACACCAGCAAAACUUCUUGACUUUUGAAACUGUCCUACUAUAUGUAAUGUCAUAUAAGAUUUAAGAAGGUACAGGCGUAUGUGAUGCAAAGUUACCAUUAAUAGGUUAAGUCGACUGUAAAAUACGAAAUAAAAAUGUUAAGAUUAUAAAA